AUGGCUCGCCCAUCUGUUGUCCCCUGCCUGCUGCUCCUGCGCUGUGGCUUGCCCCUCGCACGACAUGCGGCCAUCUCUAUGCAUCGCCACGCAGGCAUCUGGGCGGCUCUGACGGCAGCAGGAUGCGCGGGGCUGUGGUGCGAGCGCACCAAGUGGGGCAAAGAGAUGAGCGGUGCCCUCCUCAGCACGCUCUUUGGGCUGGCGCUCAGCAACCUGGGUGUGGUGCCUGCCGAGGCGCCCCACGUGUAUGGUGUGGUCAACGCGUACCUGUUGCCGCUGGCGGUACCCCUGCUGCUCUUCUCGGCAGACCUGCGGCGCGUGCUGCGUGAGACGGGGCGCCUGCUGGGAGCAUUCACCUGGGGGGCGCUGGCCACCGUGGCAGGCAGCCUGCUGGCGUUCAAGCUGAUGCCGCUGCGGGUGCUGGGCGCCGACGGCUGGAAAGUGGCGGCCGCGCUGACGGCGCGGCACAUCGGCGGCAGCGUCAACUAUGUGGCGGUUUCAGAGGCCCUGUCGCUUUCGCCCAGUGCCCGCAUGGCAGGCCUGGCCGCGGAUGACCUCAUAGUGUCCGCCUACUUUCUUACCCUGUAUGCACUGGCCCGCAAGCCUGCCCCGCAGCAGCAGCAGUCGAGGGCAUCCGGUGCAGUGGGAGAUGCCACCAGCAGCAGCAGUGUGGAUCUGGACAGCAGCCGUACCAUCACGGUAUUGUAUGGCGCCACUGCGCUGGCAGUGGCUGCCGCCAUCUGCUUCGCAGGCACCCAGGCCGCUGCGGCGCUGCGAUACAAGGGAGGCUCCAUCACCAUCAUCACCGCGACCACAGUCACUCUCGCUACGCUGUUUCCUCGCCUGCUGGCGCCGCUGCGGGCGUCGGGAGAGGGCCUUGCGGCCAUCCUCAUGCAGCUCUUCUUUGCCUCUGUCGGCGCCAGCGGCAGCAUAGCGGUCGUGAUGAAGACGGCACCCUCGCUGUUCCUCUGGUCUGCCGUGGCUGUCUCCACACACCUGGGGCUGGUGCUUGCGGAGGAGCGGCUGCUGGGGUUCACCCGCAAGGAGAGCUGCCUGGCAUCCAACGCCAACAUUGGAGGCCCCACCACGGCUGCGGGCAUGGCCGCCGCCAAGGGCUGGCGCAGCAGCCUGGUGCCGGCGCUGCUGAUUGGGAUCAUGGGGUACGCGACUGCCACCUUCGUGGGGGUGGCCUGUGCCUCUGUCUUCCAGCGCAUGCAGUUUUCCUGA